AUGAGACCUCAUAGAUUACGACAGAGCCCUCUUCUCAUAUCAGACCUGCCACAACUUGCACUGGAAGGGCUCUUGCAAGCUGCUCUCGCCUUGCGUGACGCUGCGCAGACUACAGCAGUCAGAUUCCGGAAGCGGAUAAAUUCUACCAUCAGGCAACUGCAGCUGGAGCUCGAGCAGCGCAACGACCCGGGCGCGCUGCGGGUUACUCAUUCCUGGAUGCCGCUGGAAAAUCUGCUGACCUACGAUUUUGUCCAGAUCACAGAGACUAACUUCGUGGAGUUCGUGGCCAAUGACUCUGCCGUGCAGCCGGUGCAACUGAACCCCUCGCAGUUGAAUGCUUCACCGCGCCUAGAUUUGCCAGCAUCUUUUUACAAAGCGCAUGUCGCAUGGAUCGCCAAAAGAUCCGACCUUGAGACUUUGGGACAUUGGCACGGGCCGAUCGCUAUGGGCCUUGGGCGAUGGGUCGAGAUUGAGAGCUCUUCGACUGACAACUCGAAGUUUUUGCUGAAGCCAGCGCCAGAUCCGAUUGGCGGUGCACUUUGCUCGGUGCUACAAGAGUGCUUCCCGGGACAACUAGCUGCAACGACUUCAUGUCUGGCAGCCAACAUCGAAGCUGGUCCGGGAUGCGGGAAAAGCACUGCGGCCGUCAAGGUGCUACACCUGCUGACAGAGCUGACGCCUGGCCGACACAUCCUCGCAGCGCCUACACAGGUCUUGCGCGACGCACUGGCCAAGCGCCUCGGAUCAGAUUGCCUGCGCGUGGGCCAGGACGAACAUCACAGCGAUCUCAUGUACGAGGAAACGGUAAAGCUCUUGGAAGAACAGAAUCCCGCGAUGGUGGCAUUGAUCGAGGAGUACGCAGCCUUACUGGAGACAAGGCCCGGCGUCUGCUUGCCCACUGUGGGUGGAAGACAAGUCUCGGUUUACCUCAAACUGCUGUCAAACAUCAUUCCGACAAACAUCUGUUGUCUUUGUUAUUGCUUGCUGUUCAGAUUGAGCUUCUUUUUCCACAUCCCGGAGAACAUUCAUGUGGUAACAUGA